CACGCGAACCCUUCUUUACCGACAUGUCAACUGUUUAAUACCCAAGACAGGCGCUUGACAUAGGCGCUAGUAUCGCCACUAGCAGAAAAUAGAUGUGAAAAAGGUGUCGUCAGCCAUUUUGUGGAGUGUUGAUUAUAAUUUGGGAAUUUUCGGAAACAGGAAAUCAGCAGGACCAUGCCUGAACUAACGUUAGAAGAUAUCAAGACGGUCCCAUUUGACCCUCGAUUCCCCAACACCAACCAAACGAGACACUGCUACCAGAGCUACGUAGACUUCUACAGGUGUCAGAGGAUCCGCGGCAGCGACUACGCUCCCUGUAAUUAUUUCCAAAAAGUAUUCCAUGCCAUGUGCCCCAACGCUUGGGUCGAAAAAUGGGACGAGCAAAGAGAAUCCGGCACAUUCCCAGGAAAUAUUUAAAAAAUGGGUCAGAGCGGUGCCCACUAGUUUGUAACGUAGAUUUCGUUUUGUUAUGAUACCAUUUUGUUGUAAUUUUAUGUGAUUAAUAAAUUUAACGGAUGUAAUGG